GAACCUCAUAACUGUAAUCCAAUUUCUUGCAUAGAGAAAAUUACAUAUUUUUGUCAACCAUAAGAAAAUGAACAUCGACAUAAGAUAGAAACAAAAAAAAAAACACUAACCAUAUAGAAUGAAUGAUUCAAGAUCAAAAAACAUGAUGAUAUCUCCAGGUUUAUUACCAACAGAAUCAUUACUAGAUUCAUUAGUUCUCAUAACAAAUGAAAUUGGUUCAAUUGAGAAAUUACCAUUAGUACACAAAAGUAAUGUAUCAUCAAUGAUAAGAAGGAUAAAGCUUCUUUCAUCAUUGUUUGAAGAGAUUCAAGAAUCAGAAACACAACUUCCACCUUCAUCAAUCCUUUGUUUCACAGAACUUUUGUCAGUGAUCACAAGAGUGAAGGUUUUGAUCCAAGAAUGCAAAGAUGGAAGCUCACUUUGGAGUCUAAUGCAAUUAGAUUCAAUUUCAAGUCAAUUUUAUGUGCUUGUGAAGGAAAUGGGAAGAGCACUUGAUAUUCUUCCAUUGAAUUUGCUUAAUGUAACAUUUGAUAUAAAGGAGCAAAUUGAGCUUUUGAAUAAACAAGCUAAGAGAGGUGAGUUAUUUAUUGAUGCUAAAGAGUUUCAAAGAAGGGAAAUGAUUUUGGAAGUAAUGUCAAAUAACAAUGUGCAAAAUAAGAAGAAUAGUAACAAUAAAGGGUUUAUUGAUUUUGUGAAAGUUGAAGAAAUAAUGAGUAGUAUUGGUUUGAGAAAUUUAUCAGAUUAUGUUGAUGAAAUAUCAAAGUUAGAAGUUGAAGCUCAGAAUCAAGCAGGCACAGGUGGAUUAAUUGUUGUUUCAAAUUUAAAUAAUCUUAUAUCUAUAGUUUCUUAUUCCAAAUCUAUGAUAUUUAGAAAUGAAGAAAAAAAUGAUGGAGAAUGUAAGCCAUGUAAGUCAUUAUCUAUGUUUUUAUACAACAAAAUACAUGAUAAUGAUUAUGAUGAUAGUUCUUCAUCAUCUACUAAGUCCAUGAUAUUGUCGACAGUUAAUAUUCCUGACGAAUUUCGAUGUCCGAUUUCGUUAGAUUUAAUGAAGGAUCCGGUGAUUGUAUCGUCCGGACACACUUACGAUCGAAUUUCGAUUGCAGAAUGGAUAAAUUCAGGUCAUCACACUUGUCCUAAAAGUGGUCAAAGACUAAUUCACACUGCUCUUAUACCAAACUAUGCAUUGAAGAGCCUUGUUCAUCAAUGGUGCUAUGAAAACAAUGUUACAUUGAAUGAUUCAAUCUCAAACGUUAACAACAACAAAAGGAACAAGAAGAAUGAGCAUGCUGCAAUUGAUCACAUUUCAGCAAACAAAGCAGCAACAGAUGCUGUCAAAAUGACAGCAGAGUUUUUGGUUGGGAAAUUAGCAACCGGUUCGACCGAUAUCCAAAGACAAUCCGCUUAUGAGAUUCGGAUACUAGCGAAAACCGGAAUGGACAACCGAAGAAUCAUAGCCGAGGUAGGGGCUAUUCCAUUUCUAGUAACACUUUUAGCAUCAAAAGAUUCGAGAAUCCAAGAACAUGUAGUGACAGCAUUGUUCAACCUGUCUAUCUACGACAACAACAAGAUUUUGAUCAUGGCGGCUGGAGCGGUCGAAAACAUAGUAAAAGUUCUUGAAUCAGGAAAAACUAUGGAAGCAAGAGAAAAUGCCGCGGCCGCGAUAUAUAGUUUAUCAAUGGUAGAUGAUUGUAAAGUUCAAAUUGGGGGAAGUACAAAUGCAAUACCUGCAUUAAUAGGACUAUUAAAAGAAGGUACACAAAUUGGUAAAAGAGAUGCUGCAACUGCAUUAUUCAAUCUUGCAGUUUAUAAUCCUAAUAAGAUAAGCAUAGUUAAAAGUGGAGGAGUUAGUUUACUUGUUGAGUUGUUGAUGGAUGAUAAAGCUGGUAUAACAGAUGAUUCUUUGGCUGUUCUUGCUGUGUUAUUAGGUUGUUCACAAGGGCUAGAAGAGAUAAAGAAUAGUAGAGGUUUGGUUCCACUUCUUAUUGAUCUUUUGAGAUUUGGUUCUGUUAAAGGGAAGGAAAAUUCAAUAACACUUUUACUUGGUUUGUGUAAAGAAGAAGGGGAAUUGGUCGCAAGGAAGCUUUUGGCAAACCCUAGGAGUAUUCCUUCUCUUCAAAGUUUGGCUGCUGAUGGUUCUUUGAGAGCUAGGAGAAAGGCUGAUGCAUUGCUUAGGUUGCUUAAUAGGUGUUGCUCUCAACCUCAUCAUUCUUUGUGAGAGAGUAGUCUUUGUAGCACCAAAAGUUCUGAUCAAAAGCUUGUUCUGGUGUCCGACAUGUGUUUGUGUCUGACACUGAUACAUUGGUUACAUUCAAAUAAUUCAUUUUCUCAAAUUAUUGUCGAUGUUGACGUGUCAAUGUUCGGUGUCAGUGUCAAUAUUUGUGUUUCAUAAGAGAAUACUAUAGUAGUAGGUUGUGUGUACACAUGGUUGAUAUAAAGGUGUAAAUUUUUGUGAAUCCUAUAGAUGAAGAAAAAAUGGUAUUCAUUUGUUGUUGCAG